AUGACCCGAGGAGGGAAGGACCGCGCACAGGGCCGACCAGAGGCCCUGCCCGGACACCGCCCGCUCUCCAGUGCCCGAGGAGGGGCGGGGGAAGCGCUGGGCCCGCCAUCCCCCCGCGGGGCCCACCACCCCCCGCGGGCCCGGCUGGGGCGCGACCAGCGGCACCGCCACCAACCACCACCCUCCACCCUCCCCCAUUAUCCUCCCCUCCUGCCCUUCUCCCUGGCCUGGGUCCCGGGCGGGCCGUGGCGGCCAAACCCGGAGUGCAGACCCCCCGUGUCCGCACCCCGGCCGUACCUGCGCGCCCGCCGCGCGCCGCCUCGCCCCCUCACCGCCGGCCGCCGCAGCGCGAGCACCCGCCCCGCCCCUCCGCCGCACGGAAGACAGCUCCCAUUGGCUGCCGGCGCUGUCGCUCCGCGAAGCCCCGCCCGCCGCCGCCGGGGCGGGCCCGCCCGCCGGCUGAUGCAAUGGCGGGAACGCGGCGAGGGGCCAGGGCUGGUGCUGGCACUGUCCCCGUCCCCGUGGGCGCCCGGAGCCACACCCUGGGCUGUGCGGCUCCUCUUCACGCCGAGCAGGCAGCAAUCCUGCCAUGUGUCACCGCCCGGCGCAGAGGCUGCGGGGAUGGCUGCGCUGGCUCGGAGCGUCCUGGUGACGGGGUCCAACCGGGGCAUCGGGCUCGAGCUCGUGCGGCAACUCGCUGCCAGCCCCUGGCCCCCCCAGCACAUCUUUGCCACCUGCCGCGACCCCGAGGGUCCGAGAGGGAAGGCCCUGAAAGAAUUAGCUGCCCAGCAUGCCAGUAUCAAACUGGUCCAGCUAGACACAGUGAACCUGCCCAGCAUCCGAGGGGCCGUGGGGGCUGUGGGGUCUCAUCUGAAGGACCAGGGCUUGAACCUGCUCAUCAACAAUGCAGGUGUCAGCUCACACGCCACGCUGCGCUCCGUGGAUCCCCAGGAGAUGCUCGCCGUGUUUGCCACCAACGUGGUUGGGCCACUGCAGGUUACCAAGGAAUUCCUGCCACUCCUGGAGCAGGCGGCGAAGGGCGCAGGGAAGGAGGGGCUGAGCUGCGGCAGGGCCGCGGCCAUCAACAUCUCCACCAAACUGGCAUCCCUCGGGCUGUGCCUCGGGGUGCCGGAGGCCCCCAUGUACCCGUACCGUGCCAGCAAGGCUGCCCAGAACAUGGUGACAAGGUGCUUGGCUGCAGAGCUCCAGGACAAGGGGAUCCUGUGUGUGGCCAUCCAUCCUGGCUGGGUGAAGACUGACAUGGGGACGGAGAAGGCACCGCUGACGGUGGAGCAGAGCGUGCGGGGCAUCCUGACCGUGCUGGCCAGCCUCUCGCAGGACGCCUCCGGAGCCUUCCUGGACUGGGAAGGAAACUGCCUGCCCUGGUGAUGGACAGAUGGGUGGUUUCUCUUGCCCACACAGCAGCCUCGCACUUGCUGACUUACCCCUCUGAGUGGUCACCCUGCUUGCCCUCAGCCCACUCUGGGCUGUCAGGGAGAGGGGAAGGGACUGGGAAGCAAGUUCUCUCCCCUUCCCCAUCCUCUGCAUGACCCUGUAGUCUCUCUG